AGUCAACAGGUGUGCAGGAGCACGGCCUCCGGAGAGACGUCGUCUCCUCUUUUCUUUUCUCUCUCUUCCCCGCUGCUCUUGCCUCUUCCCGUUACAAAUCGACAGGGAUCUUUGAUUUUGGAUUUCCCAAUUCGCAACGGCGACCGGUGAUUUUCGCGGAUCAUGCGGUCCUGAGGAUAAUUCUUCGCCGCCCCGGAUUACGCAUUUCUCUCCGCUCUUCUGUAAUUUUUACUUUUCCCGGAGAUUUUGCCAGGAGGAAACUCAGAAGACAUGGCGACAAUAAGAAGAUGCCAGAUUAUUUCUCUUUUCUCGCUCACUAUCUUGGCGCUCGGCGCAUGCAGUGGCGAGCUACCAAAACCGGGCUACACCAGGACGAUGUUGAAGGUUUCUCGAAGCCUGCCGGGCGAAACGGAAGAGCUGAAAGUGCGAACGAGCGAGGGAAACAUCGCCACUUUGAUCGUUAAGCGACGGGACAAAUCAUCAUCAGUCACCAUCGACGAUACGAAGCUCGCGCCGAAACUUGCCCAGGAAGAAUCAUCAAACGUCACCGCGGAGAAUAAAAGUGAUUCUUCCGCGAGCGUGCAGGCCGAUUCGAAGCUCAAGAACGAAGCUAAAAAGAAGAACGAAGUUCGCAGACUCGAGGAGGCUCAAGUGGAGCAAAUCAGAGCGACAUUUUCCAAAGCAUCUUUAGAAUCGAAGAAUGAAAAAUCGAAUCAGACCGACAAAGAACUUUCUGAAAGAAAUCAGCCUGUCAGCCCGAUCGAUUACGGGCAUUGGACGCCUCUGGACGCGGACGGGCGGGCUUUGAAACAGGAGGAACCGGAAGAAGAGGAGGAGUACCGAAGCUGGAAACCGUUGCAGACGGAUCCGAAGACUGCCACCGAGGAGAAUUACGGCAGAUUCAAUGAAGCCGGAAUCGUCGGAGGUAUUCUGUUUGCCAGAAACUUCCAGGAUCGGGCUGACAGUAAUCACGAGUUCGAGGCCGAUAAGAACGAGCGAGCUCUCUAUUACACAUACGUGCCGCACCAAUCUCGACCGUCCACGAGGACAAAUAUCGGUGCAAACCUGUCGAAAAAUCGAGACGGCAAGGCCGUGCCGCCUGAGGUGACCGUCCGAUCGGAAAUCAAUGUUAAACCUAUACCGAAGAGGCUGCCGAUGUCGCUGGACAUCGACGGCACGCCGGUGGUUCACGGCACGAGAGUGCCUGACGAGCCUAUCGACAAAGUGCAGACCUGGCGGAACGCUCGGGUUAUCAAUAACAAGCUGGUGACACUCGAACGAAGCCCAACGGUCACCGCGCAGCCGUCUGAAUCUUAUUCCGAUGACAAUGCGGAGAAGAGGCAGAAAUUCGAGCAGUUCUUCAAGGACGUCAAUCGAAGAUACGGUCGCAAUUACGACGACGAAGGCCGUAACGUGUACUUCGAGUGGGAUCCGCGGAACUACAAGAACGAGGCUUUGAAGGCGGAAGUGUAUGACCAUUAUCGCGCGAGUAUACACAAGAGGAUGCUGCAUCCGGACGGCGUCGCCAACUACCCGAUCUCGCAGCGUUACACUCCCGACAGUCAGACAAUCGCGCCCGUGGCUCUGAAGCCGGGCGCUCGCGCGCCCGUUCUCCAGUACGCGCAUCCCGAGCUGGGCGUGCAGCCGGCGAAAAUCCUGAAGAACGAGAAACGCCGACCCGACAACUUCCCCGAGAACCAGCACUCGUUCACCGAGCACCGUCACAAGAAGAAGUACGUUCUCAACGACAAGAACAUCGUGGACAGCUACACGACGAAGAACUACUAUCCGAAUCAGCAUUUCUACGGACUAAAGCGACCGAACGAUCCGCCUUUCUGGAUGAAGAUCUCCGAGAAUCUGAAGAAUCAGUUCUCCACCGGGGUCGAGAGGGUCUCGCAGUUCACCAGGCCGGUGAUCGAUCCGCUGGUGGAGGCGACGCACAAGAUCUCGCAGAAUCUCGGUCUGUCUAACGGCAAGGAGGCGCAGGACAAAAUCGGCACGGUGGCGUCGGGCACGAGUAUCCUCAUACCGGCUCUGGGUCUCGUCGCGUCCGGCGCCGCUCUGGGAAUAGGCGCCGUCGCGGUCGGCCGGUACCUCGACGUCGACGUGCUGAAGCGAUCGCACGCGGACGACAUCGAUCUGGAACACAAGCGAGCCCUAGAUACUGACGCGCACUUGAAAACGGCCGAGAGCGCAAAUUCGUACGGAGCGACGCCGCAGACUCUGUACGUUUUGCAGAACGUUCCGCGGGAUAAUAAAGCGGCAGAUGAGGGAGCGAGCUCGGAGGAUGACGGAGUUUUUUUGAUCCUGGAAGAAGAUAAGCGGAAUGCCGAGAGAAUUGAGAAUCGUGAGAAUGGACACACGGUGAACGAGGGCGAUUAUGUAGAGACUGGCGGACGAAGGAGAAGAAGCCUCGACUACAUGGACAUCUUUAAGGCGGAAUCCGAUAUGAAAAAUCUGUUGCACGACAAACACUUACAGAGGAAGGGAGCCGAUUCAAUCAGCGAAAUCGUGGAGAUAGAUCUGCCUGCUGACUCAGGCGGCCGUAUUGACAUCACCGAAUUCUUAAUUCCGAAAAAGAAAGAUAAGAAGAAAAACUGGAAUAAAAAUACCAUUCUAGUUCUCGAGGACGACUCGAAAAUCCUGCCAGAAAAUCUUGAAGUGGACGUGCCGGAUCUGAACGCAUUGGCGAACAGCGCGAAGAUGGUCGGAGACAUUUUCGAUAAUUCACAGAAUGCAGUUUCGAUGAAAGAAAAUAGGAGUUGGAGACGAAGGCGAAGCGCCGAUAGCGAUCAAGAAUUGCUGGACGCGCUGCAGAAUCUGGAGAACGCAGAAGUAGCCGAAAUCGCUCACAUAGAAGGCGAUUGGACGAACACGCCUUGCGCGAAAAGAAUAUUUUGCGACGCGAUGAUUCAAAGAGGGGCCGACGCUGCGGUGCUUAUGGAGAAGAAAAUGGCGGCAUUAUUAAGACUAAUUCAGCCUGGAGCAGCUGUUCAAGUAUCCAGUCACUUCGAGGAGGUCAUGAGUGCCGUCAGGCAACACGAUUGUUCCAGCUUCCUGUGCCCGCAGGCGAGGCCCGGCAACGUCUUCUUUUAAAUAAAGUAUUUUUGAAACGAGAAUAAGUAUGUCUCGUAUAUAAGAUAAAUCGUUGAGUUGAAAUUCGCAACUCGCUCGAUUGCAAUAAAUGAUAAUUAGAAUUUUUCACACCCAAUUUUUAGAAAAGUGCUACGUUAAUUUCGAUGAAAUUAUAAAUUAAUACGUUUCCGCUAAAUACGUCGAGUCGGCACCGAGAGCCGAGAAACUGUACAUAUUUAAUGCCAUCGAGGCGAUUUUAUUUAAUACACAUUCCUAAUUGUAAUUUAGAUGAUUAAGCAUAGAAUUAGAAAAAGUAGAAGAGAGAAUGAAAGAUCGGCGAAAGGCGAAAGUUGCAUCUCUUGUAACUUCUACGAAUGUUUACCGUAUCACGGUACUUUCUAAUCGCCCCUUGGUAAACAUGUCCGUCUAUCGCUUCAUUUUGUAUCACUUCUGAUUCCCGCGUUUCGUUCGAAUAAAUUGUUUCGUACGUAACAAAAAAUAAUUUAAUUCGACGCUGGAGAUCAGAAGCGAUUAAAGUAUUAAACGCGAAUCAUACUAACACGAAAACACAGCCACUGUAUUGUUUACGAGAACAUAUUUAUUUCUGCCCUUUUGUACACGUACGAUAUCGUGUUUGUAGGUAAAUAAAUAAAUAAUAUUUUUUACGAUA